UCGAUAAUGGAUACAUAGCAAUCCAAGCGGGGGCGUGAGAAGGAAGGGAAACUUGUAAAUUUGUUGUAACUUUGCAAAACAAAAAUUUUAUUAACAAAUAUAAAGUCAACGCCGUUUUGCAGCCACAUUCACAAAACGAAUAGUACAAGUGAUAAUCUCAACGUCCACAAAAAUAGUAUCGAAUAACUAUUAAAUCAGCAGCUGGUACAAACUGUUUUUGUGUUUUUUUUUUGGAGUAAUAACAUCAGAGGGUGAAGAAGAAGAGCAAAAACACGAAAAUAAAUUGGCCAAGGCAGAGCAGAUCGGAUAGUUGAGGGAGCGGCAGCAGGGUCGUUGUGUCUCAUUGUUUUGCCUGGGUUCCGCAGACUGGGACUAAGGCCUGGCGUUGACAUCGUUUUGCUAGUUCUAAAAAUGGAGUGGACCAGGGAGAAAACAUUGCUGUUGAUCAGCGAGUAUAGACAGCGUCGUGGCCUGUGGGACAUGACUUGCGAUGAGUAUCGCAAAAAGGACGUAAAGCAAAAACUUUUAAACGAAGUUAGCGGAGUUCUCGGUGGCAAUAUACCUAUCCAGGAAUUGGAAAAAAAAUUUCACACGCUACGCACUCAAUAUCACAGAGAGAUCAGUCGCAUGAAAAGAAAAGAGCCAUACAAUUCCAAGUGGUUUGGCUUCAAAAAUCUCAGUUUUCUCAGUUCGCCCUAUGCGUGCCGGUCAACCAAGGGACGAAUCAAAACGGAUCAGAAAUUUGUACUGGGUGAGGUUAGUGCCGAUAACAACAGCAGCAGCAUGAAUGAAGAGUAUUCCCUCCGCAAGUCACAUCCCAGCAAAGGUGCCCAGGAAUUGGAGAAACUCAUCGAAGAGACAACCAAAGAUGUGGAUGAUAUGGAUGAACAAGAUGUGGUAGAAGAUGUAGUGGAGAGCAAGCCAAAAUUAUCCAAGGAUCUGAACGGGCCUGCCUCAUAUGUGCAUCAGAUAAAUGAAGAUGAUCCUGAACCGGUCGAGACGCAACCGCAACCGCAGCAGACGCAACAUCAUCAUCACCAUCAUCAGCCAGCUACAACCAUGAUGGAUCUGCAUCCGCAUUCGCAGUACCAGAACCACCAUCAUCAUCAUCAUCAACCGACACCCAUGGAAACUGUCAGCUUUCAGGCCAAUGAGAGCGGGGAACUGCAUUACCAAUCGACUCCAAAUGCCUCCAACUCAAGCUCUGUGCAUGUGGUUCCCACUCGUAUCAUAAAAAUUCAGCGCCGGGAUACCAUCAACCAGGAGGAUGGAUACUUCGAAGAGCAGCAGGCACCGUCCUCGAUGACGCCGGCACCCAAGCGCAUCUACUAUGAUCCAAACGCCACAACCGCAACCAUUUUAACUACAUCAUCAGCAGCUCCUUCUCUUUCGGCGAAUACCAGCACACCGAAUGUCAGCAAUGGCACAACUAGCAUAGCCACUGGCACUCUGCGUCUCCCCCGACUUAACAAUGUAGUCAAUUCAUCAACAUUAUCACCCCCAAAGGCGCCCAGCCCACCCGUUCCGGCAGCGGCGCCGACAUCCACUUCACCUCGCGAUGAAUUCUCUACCUAUGGCGAAUAUGUGGCCAAUGAGAUGCGUGCCAUGAACAAUCGGGAAGUUCUCAUUGCUCUGAAGCACAAAAUCAAUACGGCAAUUUUUGAAGCAAACAUGGCUGAGCUGCAAAAAUGAAAGUAGUGGAGGAACAGGAUUAUCUAUCCUGUAAACGAUUUUAAAUAUUGACUCGUGUUUUAGCAACAAUUCUAGGUUUAAGUCAAAGAAUUUUCUUGCUGCUUAAAACAUUUUAAUAUAUAUGUAAAUUGA